AUGGCUGCACAAGUCCGCAUUGUCCGCCACGCGGAAUCUGUCCACAACGUCUCUAAAGACUACACUCAACGUGACCCGAGCCUAACACCGCUCGGCCUUCAACAAGCUGCUCAGCUUAUUCACGAUUUUCCCUAUUCCUCCCGGGUCGCGGUAAUCAUCACCUCUCCGCUACAACGCGCUAUUGAAACCGUACUGGCUGCCUUUCCGCACGUACUGGAUAAACGCUAUUACGAUCCUCACUCGGGGCAAGGCAUUGAGAACGGCUCGUUGCUCAUUAUAGACCCAGAACUACAAGAACGGAGUGCCUUCCCGUGUGACACCGGUUCCUCUCGCAAAGUUCUGGAGGCGGCCUUCGGUGUAGAUUUCAGUGAUUUGGCGGAGGACUGGUAUAUAAAGGAGGGUCUGUACUCCCCAGAUGACGAUGCUGUGAAAGAGCGGGCAAAAUGCGUGAGGUCUCGUGUUGCUGAAGUAGUGGACAACUUGAAGGAUAUGGAAAAGAGACAAGUUGUGAUUGUGACACACGGUGUUUUCAUGAAAUACUUGGUCGAAGAUCCCGAAAUUGACCUGCCAAAAGCUGGGUGGAAAAGUUACACUGUUGGCAAGAAUAGCUCUGGCAUUAUCCUGCUUCCGGUUUAG